AUGGUUGAUAGGAUCCAACUGGGUAUUGGCUGUCAUGCUUAUAUCGAUGGUGUAGAAACACCAUAUGGGUAUCAACCCUCGCUAGGCGCAGGUAUCGCCUACUGCACACUCUUCGGUCUUUCGAUGAUUCUUCACACGGUCCAGUUUUCCUGGAAACGAACAUGGUGGGCUAGUGUGUUCAGUGUCGGAUGCUUGGUCGAGGUAAUCGGCUGGGCUGGUCGUACUUGGUCAUCCAAAUGCCCUUACAACUCAACGGCAUUCCUCAUGCAGAUUUCCACUCUCAUCAUCGGUAUCUACGUCCUUCUGGGUCGAUUCAUUCAACUCCUCGGCCGUGAAUCAUCCUUCCUCAAACCCAGUCUUUACCUCUGGAUUUUUUGCACCUGCGAUGUCAUCUCCCUUGUCGUACAAGCCAUUGGCGGCGGCAUGGCCUCCGGUGAGGCAAACAAGGUCGGCGGAGACACAGCAACAGGUACACAUAUCAUGGUUGCUGGAAUCGUUUUUCAGAUGUUCUCAAUUACCAUCUUCAUGGUCUGUGCCAUCGACUUCAUCCGUCGUGUUAUGCGUCGUCGACUCUUGCAGACGGUCACCGGCUCCGUCGUCCCACUCUUCGCCGCUAUGAUUCUUUCCAUCAUCUGCAUUUAUAUUCGAUCGAUUUACCGAACCAUCGAGCUGUCGCAGGGCUGGUCCGGAUAUCUCAUUACCCACGAGUCUUACUUCAUCGCGCUGGAUGGAGCUAUGAUGAUUGUCUCGGUGGCUAUCUUCAACGUGCUCCAUCCGGGUUGGUUGCUGCCAAAGGAAAAGGCUAGUUCCAUGAAACGUGGACAUUCGGCUGAUGGCCUGGAGAUGAACCAGGGUCCUCCGCUUCAAUGGUAA